AUGUUCAUGUCUGAGCACUCACAAAGAGAUAGACAGAGAGAGAUAGAGGCAGCGAAUGUCAAGUUGUUAAUUAGAUUGCAAACUGGGCCCAGGCAUAAUCCAAUUCCAGUUCAAACUAAUUACUUCGCAAAACAAAUUCGCAUUGCAGUCAAUCAGGCCAGCACUUCAGCAGCUCGACGGCCGUCUUGUCCGUACUUCAGUAGAUCUGCACAUGCAGUUAUGGCUCAUCGAAUGCGCUGUUUACUCCUAGUGCUGCUGCUUACCACGUUGCUGACUCUGGUCAGAGCUGGAAAUAAUAGCUCCGAUAGCCGCGCCUUCAGCUAUGUCCGUGAGAAACCGAAGCACCUGUUGCACUUGUUGCAGCGGCAAAAGCGCUGGCUUAUUUUUGAGCCAGGCAGCGCCGUCUCACUGACAGCCAACUGUGCAAAGGCUGUGUUGGACACUAUCCCCAGAGGUUUGCAGCUGAUAGCAGAGGCAACUUCGGUUUAUGAAAUGCCUGGAUCGGUUGAUGACUUAUUUCCAAGACGCAGACGAAAGCCAAAGCCCGCACCGCCUCCACCUCCACCACUACCACCACCACCACCACCACCACCACCACUAACCCCGCCACCACCGCCACCGCCGCCAUCUACCCCAGCAAAAGCUGUGACACUUGCAGUGCCUCAACCGGUGAUUGUACCCUUAAGUCCAGCCGAUCCCAUACACUCGUUUUACUACGCAUAUCCGCAAGUGUCACCAGUUGUAGGACACCGCAAAUCCUAUGUGCAGCAGAAAUCCAGCGGCUGUCCUGCAUCCAAGCUGGUGAAGGACGCGUAUGGCAACUAUUACUGCCGUCCUUCUGCAGUGGUCCGGCGUCUGGGUCGCGAGCUUAAGAGAAACGGUGCCAACCUCGUGAACGAGGGCCAGAGUCCGCAAGGAAUGCUCUUUGAUUUGCUGAUAAUGCUGUCCCAGCUCCACCAGUAUAAGCCGCGCUACUGCAUCAUGCGCACACUAUGCGAGUCCCGUCAUCUGCUGGUGCCAUCUGGUCAGUCGCUGUUCCACGAUAUCUUCCGCAUUCUGCUGCGCUACGUACACCCGGAGAUUGCCCAUAAGCCGGUAUAUCGCAAGGCCUUUACCGCUGGCCACUCCCUGCACGAGUGCGCCCAGUGGUAUGGGGCGUACUGCCCUCAGAGCUUCUUAUUACAUUUCACCGCACAAUUUCAGGCUAAAAUGGCCAAUAUAUUAAACAAACAAAGCUAUAAAACACAAUAUGUAAAUAAAUAA